AUGGCCGAACAUUCCACCCACCUUCGUCACAUACUGCUUUACGAGUUCGAAUCUGGCCACCCCGCUGCUGAAGCCCAUCGAAACCUAAAUCAAGUAUUCGGCAUUGAACCCCCUUCUGAGCGGUCUGUGCGCGCCUGGUUCCAGCGCUUCAAAGCCGGAAACAAGAAACUCGAAGAUGAGCCUCGCUCUGGUAUCGUUCGACGAAUCGAUUCGAAUUUAUCAAUAUCGUUCGACGAAUUGAAGAAUCUGGCGGAGCGGCAUCCAUAUGAAGGUGUGCGGUAUUUUGCUGCCAGUCUUGGCUAUUCGCUGUCCACCGUGAGCAAUGAUGUGCGAUCUCUCGGAUUGGUGAAAAAGCUCGGUCAGUGGCUCCCACAUGCAUUGAGCGACGGCAACAGCCAAAGACGCCUGGACAUCUGCACUCAGCUGCUCUCCAGACGCCGCAGAUUCGACUGGCUGGACACCAUUGUCACUGGAGAUGAAAAAUAG